AAAACAGCCACUUACCUGUCCCUCGGUCCCACAGUGUGUCCCCCGCAGCCCGUUUCACCGGCCAUCCUGUAUUCCAGUUGGCCGGCAUAUUUAGUGUGGGUACCCGGCUGUGACAGCUUGCGGCUUCACAGCCGAGUACCCACUGCACAUGCGCGAGUAGCGCUAUGCUUCAUAAAUGGUCCUGUUGUCUUCUGGGACCUGUCACGUGUCCCAAAAGACUACAGGGAGGGAGGGAGGGAGGGAGGGAGGACCUUCCGCUUCCGAUUGCCUAGGUGAUCAGACCGGAAGUAGGAGCGGGUACCUGUCAGAUUCGGGUACCCACCCCCCAAAGGUGCCAAUCCUUAAUGAGGAGCGAGGGAACAGUCCUUAAAACGGAACUUCCCCUUUUUGAUGGAGCUCCGCUUUAACACAAAAAAAAAAAAUCUUCAUUA